CGUGUCCGCGCUCCGUCGCCGAAUUCGCGAUCCGGCAAAUCACGUGUGUGAUCUUUGAAACUUUCGACUUCAUGUUUGGCUGCUGACGUUACAGUGCGACUGCCAGAUGUGUUGGCGAGUGAGAUGAAAUGUGAAUAUUGUGUGAUGAAUACUUAGUUUCAACAACAUGACUGUACUUCUAGUUUUUGGACUUUUCGUUGUGAUAGCGACGGCGCACAACAUCACGUUCCUGGACGUACCCAGGUACGGCGACCCGCACAGGGAAGCGAACCUGGUGUGCCAUUAUGUCAACGACAAGAACGAUCCUGAGCUGCACUCUGUCAAAUGGUACAGGGGGUCUAACGAGAUAUUUAGGUUCACGCCGGAACAGCAGCCUCCAACGAGGAUUUUCAAUACUACUAGUGGUGGCGGUGUGACCCGAGGCUCCUGCAACCUUCACAGCUGCACCAUCAGCGUGGUCCUUCCGAAGACCUACAAUACCCGCCUCUCGUUCACUUGCGAAGUCUCCACGGAAGGGCCCAGAUUUGCGGUCGUCAAGCAAACCAAGAAUUUGACCGUAGCAGUGAUUUUGAGAGAAGACCCAGUUAUAUUAGGUUUGCCGGGGAUCGUGCAACCAGGGGAAGACGUUAUACUCAACUGCACAACUGGCCUAGCCAUGCCACCAGCCAACAUAAUAUGGUACAUCGACGGGAAACCAGAACGGAUGGAGCCAUGGAUGGUAAACAACACCUCAGUUUCACUUCCCAACGAGUUCGACCUGCGAAGCAGCUGGCGGUCCCUGCAUCUGCGAGUUAACCCACACACACCUGCGAUCUCAGUUCGGUGUGAAGCCACACAGCCCACGUGGCCAGCUUAUAUUAGAUCAACAAACGCGAGCCUGAUAGUAGCUCGUACCCCUCAUCUCUCUAUGUUCACUGCUUCUGGUUCAAUCUCAACAGCCGUGGAGGUAUCCGUUGCGGUGUUAGCAUCGUGCUUGUCAUCAGUACAUAUAUUUUCUAAAUACAGUGCCUUGAGUGAAGUCUAGUCGAUUCGAAUGUAAGCGAAGUCAGUGUAAGAAAUAUGUUGUGCAUAGUUAGGUAAACAAUGUCACCUUGUAAUGUUCACACACCAAAAUGUUCUUAUUUGGGAGUCGACACCCGUAUUUUUUUUUACCAUAAUAUUUGAACUACC